AUGGCCCGUCGGUACAUGAUCCCCUGGCUCUAUGACCUAGGGGUCUGGGUCUUCACAUUUUGCCUCGACAUCUUCUUCCGCGAGAUCUACGCUCGCGGUGCCUGGCGCAUCCCCAAGAAGGGCCCCGUCAUCAUCAUCGCUGCCCCUCAUGCCAAUCAGUUUGUCGAUUCUAUCCUGUUGCUGCGCAUCCUCAAGCACUAUGCCGACCGUCGCAUCUCUUUCCUCACCGCUGAGAAGUCUAUGCGGGAGCCCUAUAUCGGUACCAUGGCCGGCUGUAUGGGUGCCCUGCCCGUCGUGCGUGCCAUGGAUAACGUGAAACCCAGCCCGGGCCUCGUCUACCUGCCCGACCCGGAAGGAGACCCCACGCGCCUCUGCGGUCGAGAUGUCGACUUCACCUCCGACCUCUUUAUGGUGGGCGGUGCCAUCGUCCUGCCGCGCGUCGGUAGGACCAGUCCAGAUCAGCAGGCCAUCGCCGACAUCGUGGGCCCCCACGAAUUGCGCCUGCGCCAGCCAUUUCCAGCCUACGAGCCCGACCACCCGCACUACCGAGCGCUACGUGACGGUAUCACCUUCAAGGUGGCGCCACAUAUCGACCAGAGUAAAAUGUUCGAUGCGGUCUACAGUGAGCUGUGCUCUGGUGGCUGCAUCGGCAUCUUCCCCGAGGGCGGCAGCCAUGACCGACCCAGCCUGUUGCCCUUGAAAGCAGGCGCCGCUAUUAUCGCCCUAGGAGCAUUGGCUCGUGACCCAGAUUGUGGCCUAUCUAUCAUCCCUUGUGGUAUGAACUACUUCCACCCGAACAAGUUUCGCUCGCGUGCCGUUGUCGAGUUUGGGAACCCCGUCCACGUGCACCCUGACCAGAUCGAGGCCUUCAAGGCCGGCGGGAAGGCAAAGCGUAAUGCCGUGGGAUCGCUACUGGAGACGAUCCAGGAAGCCCUGGAAGCUGUGACGCAGCAGGCACCCGACUACGAAACACUGGCGCUCAUCCAGGCCACCCGUCGCCUGUACAAGCCGCUGCGCAUGAAGCUACCCCUGCCGCUGGUCAUCGAGCUGAACCGUCGCCUGCUAAAAGGGUACACACAGUUCAAGGAUGAGCGCAAGGUUGUGCAGUUGAAGAAGGCCGUAUCUGACUACAAUGGCCGGUUGCGUGCCUUGGGCAUCCGCGACCACCAGGUGGAAUGGGGAGACGUCCAGCACCACCCCUGGUGGAUGGUGCUGGGCACUUUGCUCUAUCGUAUUGGCGAACUGCUCACUUUGGCCGUGGGCACUCUGCCAUCCGUUGCCCUAUUCUGGCCCGUCUUUGUCACCACCAAGAUUAUCUCCGUCCGCAAGCAGCGCAAGGCACUCGCCGGCUCCGUCGUGAAGCUAGAGGGACGCGACGUCGUCGGAUCCUGGAAAAUCCUCGUCACCAUGGGCCUGGCCCCUGCUCUGUACACUUGGUAUACAGCGAUCGGGACCUUCUGGCUGAAUUACUGUCGCCAUAGAGGUUACUACGCCACCCUCGCCCCGUGGUGGAUAAACGCCAGAACAUAUAUCCCCGACCGUGUUUCCCUACCCAUUUUCGCCAUUUUCUUCUUCGGAUUGAUGAUCGCCGUCUCCUUUGCGGGCCUUCGCAUCGGCGAGAUCGGUAUAGACGUGUUGAAGUCGCUGCCACCGCUGGUGGUGGCGCUGAGCCCGAGAUCCGGCAACUCCCUGGUGCAACUUCGCGCCCAGCGCCAGGAGCUGUCCGCCCGCGUGGUGGAUACCAUUGACACUUUCGCGCCGGAGAUCUUCCCGGACUUCGAAACGGAGAAACUGGUGCCGCAUGGCCACUCGCCGGAUGACGGUGCUUACCGAUCGUACUUGAAGAGCAUGCCACCCAGUCAACCGGAAAGCCGUAACCGUAGCCGCACGAGGAGCAACCGCAGCCGGUCACAGAGUCAGGGACUCUCUCUACAAGACUCCUUGCUCAAACCUUUGACCGUCGCAUCCAAAGAGGACCUGGGCGAGGUCAACCGCCGCAUCCGAGAUUCUAUGCAGGAGCGAGGCUGGGCACGUGUACGAGCUGAAUACGACGCGGACGAGGACGAGGACACAGUGGUGAUGCAUGGAAUUUCGAGCACUGCCAGCACUGUGGAUUCUGAGGAGAAGAAAACGCGAUAG